AUGAGUGAAGCCAAGGGCAAUAAGAUAAAGAACGAGGAGUUCAAGAUAUGGAAGAAGUCUGUGCCCUCCUUAUACCAGCACAUCACAACAAUCAAGCCUUCGUACACUAGAUUGUUCGAGGGAGCGGAGAGGAUCCCUAAGGUUGUCGCCUUCACUCACAAGAUCGUGCCCGACAGGGAGAAGGGUACAUUCACCACAUCGCUUCUCUGCUCUCAGGGCAGCGACAUUUACGAGGUAGACUUCCAGCUGCCACUCGGCUUGCAUUCAAACUCUGAGGCGCUCCCAGACCCUCAGUACAGCUCCGCGUUCGCUGAGAUUGUUCAUAGCGAAAAGCAUGAGCCCAAGUGGACAUACCAGGGUAAUACUAUCAUAAAGCUGGAAUAUGUUGGUGGUGCUGAGGCGGAUGCGGUUGCCAUGACCUCCACAGGGUCGCUGGCGUGGUUCAAGGAUGGCUGCAAAGUUCCUGUGUACGUAAUGGAGGAGCUGGUGGGACCUGCAACCAGCUUUUCCAGAAUCCACAACCAGGGAUCUACCAACAACUGGAUCGCCGCGGAUUUCGCAGUCUCGGAAAAUACAGAAACAGUCGUGAAGUCGCAGCAAAGCAUGGCAACCGGCCCGGGUGAGGAGCACAGUCUGCUUAAGAUCGUCGACAAUUCCCAGUCACCAGGUAACCUAAUUCGCACAAUUUCCAUUCCUGGUGUCUCCGUGACCCAGUCUAUAAAGUUUCACGACAACAACAUGUUCAGCACUUGCUCCGAUGACAACGGAAUCAGGUUUUAUGACAUCAGAGGUGACGGAAAGCCCCUAUGGACAGUUUUUGAGCCUCAUGAUGGCAAGUUGACGUGCUACGACGUUUCUCCUACGUUAGAGACGCUGUUUAUCACCGGUUCUGACACUGGCGUGCUAAAACUGUGGGACUUAAGGUCCGUGAUCGCCUGCGAAAUCGAGCAGAAGGAGCCAACCGAAAUUGCGAAACUUUACCACUCCGGUGCAGAUCCAGUGGCGGACGUAAGGUUCGGAAUCUCCUCGCCUACAGAGGUACUUUCUGUUGGUGAUAGCGGGAACGUCUACCACUGGAACCUCGAGCCUAUAUUCUUACGUGAGGGCGACGAAGACGACGAAAUGGCUGAGUCUGAAGAGCUACAACAGCAAUGCCUCGAAUUCAUGCAUACAGGAGGUGGUAGAAGAUCCUUGGGACAAUCUCGUAAGAGAGAAACCGUGGCCUGGCACCCCAUCGUUCAAGGCGUUGUGGGAUGUGUGGAUCCUGACGGUCUUCUUACUGUGUACAGAGGGCAUUACGGAGCGACUGAUAAGGCAAGAGCCCAGGAUGAGCGGGAAGACAAUGAAUAA